AUGGUGUGGAAUAGACUGAAUGAUCCUAAGCAUAGAUUCAUUUGCUGGUUAGCUGUUCAAUCCAGACUUCAGACUACAGAAAAACUAUCAAAGAUAGGCAUUAGUCAAUCUGCUAAUUGCUUGAUUUGUGGGCUGGAUGAUGAGACUCAUCAACACUUAUUCUUUCAGUGCCAGUAUUGUAGGCAAGUUAUUAUAGCAGUUCAUCAGUGGGUUGGCUUCUCUAUUAAUGGCACUUUGGUUCAGUUACUCAGGAAAGCUGGACAAAGUAGAGCUUCUAGGUUCAGGAAGCAAGUAUAUUUUGCAGCUAUUGGUGCUGCUGUCUAUCUGAUCUGGAAAUGUAGAAACACUAGUUUUUGGGAUAGUACCAUUCCCGCUGUCAGUUAUAGUGUGAAGACUUUGAAGCAGAUGGUUAAGAGCAUAAUUCCAGUAGUUUUGCGAAAACAUGUAAGCAAGAGGGAUAGUGACUGGUUUACAAUUUUGUAA